AUGGGUAAAACGGGAAAUAGCAUAGCACAAAGUGACAGUAAUUAUCACAAUCAAGGUGAUUUCGACCAUUUAGUGCAAAUGGAAGAAGAGAAUAUAACAAACAAGGAAGAUAAUCAAGAUGACUAUCAAUAUCCAUAUCGCCAUGCUCGUAAAAGAAGAAACGACCAUGGGGAUGGAGAAGGUUCAAUACAAUCGUCAGAUACUCCUAAACGUCGAAACACAGAACAGAUCGACAGUUGUUCACGUCAUUCGAAUGAUGUUCAACGAGAAACGACAAUAUCUUCGUACUUUAACAAUCAUCAGACUUUUCGUAAACAUACAAACAACUUAUCAAGACACAAACAUAUAUAUGAAUCAUCAAAUAGUAAACAACAACAACGUGAAUCAUUUCCACCCUUCCGAAUAAAGCUCAAAGAUAACAAAUAUCCAUUACAAGAUGUCACCAUUAUCAAGGAACUAAAUAAAAAAUGCAAAUUAAAUGUAACAUAUGGUCGAAUGUCAACUUUGAACAACGAUAAGUAUUAUCUACUUUAUUGCAACACAGCAACGCAGCUCGAAGCACUUUUGGACAAGCCGAAAUGGCCGGAAAACAUUUGCGAUUGUGAGUAUUCCAUUGAUUUUCCUCGAAGAUUUCCAUCUUCAUAUUCUUUGGUGGUUUUGGACAUCCCAACUCAGUGGAAUGUCCAAAAGUUUUGUGAUGAACUUAAAGUACGCUAUAAAACAAUCAUUAAAGGUGAACGUUUGUUUGUGAAGGGUGGGCGAGCUAUACCCAGAAUUAGUAUUGACUUUUCAUCUAGCAAGGAAUUAGUAGCAAUACUGAAGAAUAAACGAAUAUUACUUGAUGAUGAUAAUACAGCGUAUACGAUAGAACCAUACGUUUCACCUACUCGAAUUCUUCGAUGUUAUAUUUGUCAACAAUAUGACGAUCAUGUUGCUGCACAUUGCCCAAAUAAAGAUAGACCAAUAUGCUUCAAAUGUGGUCAACAACAUAACUACAAUCCUAAAUGUCAAAAUGAAACUUGCUGCGCCCACUGUAAAGGGAAUCAUAUGGCAGGAAAUCCGAAUUGUCCUUCUAAAAUUGAAACACGUGAAAAUAAAAAAAUGAAAAUGAAAAUAACACCAUCUAUGGCACCAACACAUACAAAUAUAUGGGCAGGCAAUACUGCUCAUCAGUUAUUUGGACACGGAAUUACAACACAAUCAGUGUUGAUGGACAAAGCUAUCGAUAGUAAUAAUAAUAAUUAUUUGAUGAAAAAAUUAAAUUCCAUUGAGAACAAUAUACGAACGAUACUAAAACAACAGACAGACUUAGGUAAACAAUUCAAUGAUACAAAUAUGAAAAUUAACAAUCAAGCCAUGGAAAUGCUCAACAUUAAUUAUAUAUUAAAUGAUAUUGUAUGUCCGCUUUUGAAAGAUGUAACAAACAUUAUUUAUACUCAAAUCAAUGCUCAACAAAAACAGCAAAUUAACCCAGCGUAUAAUAAGUUAGUUAGUUUUCUAGAUCAAAAACGUUUAAAAUGCACGUCCUUUCACACACAAAAUAAUCGUAAAAUAUUUCAACAACAACAGCAGACAACAUCCAGCUUACAUAGAAUAGUAACAUCCAACGAUACAAGUACGGAAAUGAAUCAUGAAUCCACGUGCUAA